CAGUCUCAGGUUUUGCUUUCCUUCGAAAUGACCGAUUUGGCCGAGCUCCAAGACCAGAUCGCCGAGCUUCGUGAGCAGAUCAAGGCAAAUCCAUUCCACUACGACUCGCAUGUCGCUCUGAUUGGCGCGCUGCGUGACGCCGUUGCUGCUGCGAGUUCAGCAGUCGAUGCAGCGUCGUCGCCGUCGAGCGCGUCCGCGUCCUCGAGCUCGGAAGCCACUGCGUUCGCAGAGCAGCUGCUGCAUGCACGAGAGCGUAUGCGUGAGACGUUCCCGCUCAGCGAAGAUUUGUGGCUGGCAUGGAUCAAUGAUGAAAUUCGUAACGCCGAAACACUGAGGCCCGAGUCGGACGGAGCUGCGGCUGCACAUUCGCGGGUGAAUCGGCUCUUUGAGCUCUCUUCGAACGAUUACUUGUCCGUCCCGAUUGUCCGUCGUCGCGUCCAAUACACUGUCGCUUCUCUCCACCUUGAUGGUCUACCCGAAGCGAAUCAACUGGCCCAUGCAAGGACCGUGUUUGAAGAGGGACUCAAAGUCGCCGGUCGUCACUUUGUCACUGGGAAGCUGCUGUGGGAUGGCUACAUUUCUUUUGAAAGCUAUAUUCUUGACGAGCUUGAGAAAUCGGAUGACACCGAAGAGGAGGCAAUCACUGAACAAACAGAAAGGAUUUCUACACUGUUCAAGCGUCUCAUCGCGCUUCCUAUUGCAGGCGUCGACACUGCCCUUUGUGCAGAGUACGUCACCUUUCUGGAAGACAACAACCUCGACGAUAUGGACGACGUUUCCGUGUUUGCAAACGCCAAGCGCGACGCUGGGGGCUUGGAUCCCGCCGUCUUGCAAGCUCUUGCAGAAUCCCAGAACAAAGUCGCACAGAUUACCCCCUACGAGCAAAGCUUGGUAGAUUCGGAGUUUCCCCAUCUCGCCGAGUACUCCAAUUACCUGCAGCACGAGAUUGAUGCCGGCAAGCCAGAGCAAGUGGUUGUUCUCUUCGAGCGUGCCAUCAAGGAUAAUUGUCUGGUCGGUGAUCUGUGGCAGCUUUAUUUGGAUUAUGCGACCAAGCAUCUGCAGCCCGAAGCCGUGGAACAGAUCGUUUCUCGUGCGUUGAGAAACUGUCCGUGGAUUUCUGGUCUUUGGGUAACGCGCAUGCUUUGGUUGGAGCGAUCGCACUCCAACAUUGCUCUUGUGGAGGAAGCGCUGGAAUCGGCUCUCCUGGCCGGAUUUUCCACGCCCGGUGACUAUCUCGAGCUCUGGCGUUGCUUCAUUGACAUUGUGCGACGCCAGAUUACGCCAGAGGUCUGGGACAAGCUGCGCGCGGAUGGAAUCCAGCCGCAACAAUCAGCCAGCGACGCUGCUCAGCCAGAAGUCACAAGCAGCACACCUGCCUAUGCAGGGCGCGGACGUGGCGGAUGGACUACCUCGACGCAAGCGGCUGCUGCAGACGAUGGGCUGCCUCCCGCCGUGUCCAAGCUCUUCCGCACGUUUGAGAGGGCCUCCGCGUAUCUGCAGCAGUACUUUGGCGAGAACGGCGACCCGUACUGCUCCUUGCUGCAGUACCAAAUCAACAUUCAGCUCUAUCGUCUGGGCAACUUGACCGAAGCACGAAAACUGUGGAAGGCGAUCAUGAAGACCUCCAACUGCGCGUAUUCCGCUGCCAUGUGGAUUGCAUACGCCAACUUUGAGCGAACUCAGGCCAAGAACAGCCAGUCUGCUCGCGAGGCCUACCAGCGCGGUUUGCAACGAGACACGUUGGACGACCCCAACCAGCUUUUAUCCGCCUGGCACGAGUUUGAACGAGAAGAAUCGCCCUCUGCCGAUGCCUUUGCUCAUGUGGUGCAGCGUUGUGACACCCUGCGCUCUAAGUUCAACAUUCGACUGGCUCGUCAGCUCCAACAGCAACAAUUGCGUGAGGGGCGCAAGUUGCAGCAGAGUGCGGAAAAGCGCGAAAAGCGCCGUGUAGAUGGCGGUGCUGAGGACAAUGGGCUCACGGCUCUUCUGAGUGAUGCUCGAGUCAAGCGGCAACGUGACUCGGACGAUGCUCAGGCUCCACGUUUCACUCUUCCUGAAAAGCAUGCGCAUGAUGUCUCGAAAGAUCCAGUGACCGUCUUUGUCUCCAAUCUGGACUUUAAAGCGACUGAGGAGAUGAUUCGCAGCCAGUUUGAACAGAUUGGUAACAUUGUCGACGUGAGGCUCGUGCGCAAGCCAACUGGUCGCUCGCGUGGGUAUGGAUUUGUCGAGUUUAGCAGUCCUGAAGCCGCUCAGAAAGCUCUUGCAUUGGAUCGCCAGCCUGUUCUGAAUCGCCCAAUGUACGUGUCGCCGUCCGUCGACAAGCCGAAAGACGGUGACGGACCUGCCCCGUCUCGAUACGCACAGGAUGGCGUGGAUCCAAAGACUCUUUUUGUUCGCAACCUCUCAUCCUUGUGUCGUCGCGACGACUUGGUUACGACUUUUGAAAAGUUUGCCAAAGUGGUGGACGUCCGAAUGACUCGUCAUCGAGAUGGCCGAUUCACCGGUCGCGCAUAUGUAGAAUUCGCCAACGAGGAGGAUGCAAAACUGGCUUUGGCUGCCGAUGGCACUGUUGUGCGUGGUCAGCCCAUCAGCGCUCAGGUGUGCAACCCGCCAACCAAAGCUGCGGCUUCCGAAACGCCCGCUCAAGACAACGCAGACUCGCACGCCAUGCCACCUCCGUCCAGCUUUGGGACUGCACGCCCAGACACCUUUAGCAAGCGGCCCGCCAGCACUGCAACCACAAAGAGCUUUGUGCCGCGCUCUCUCCAUGCCGCACCCUCGCGUCGCCUUGGUUUGGGAUUCUCUUCCGCCAAGAAACCCGCCGCCGACCUGUCAGGACCUGCAGCGUCCUCGAGUCCUGCCUCAACUGCAACUGCCAUGGAUACUGCCCCGGCACAACCAGCUGCCGCAAGCUCCGCCUCCACCACCGCUCCAAAGUCAAAUUCAGCCUUCCGAGACAUGUUUCUGAACAAAAAGCCCAGCAACUGACCAGGUUUACUCUUCAUUCAGGCGUGGAGGACCAUCGUUCCUGUUUUUUGGUGCUUGAUUUUGUGGUUGUUGCUUUCGGCUACCUUGUGACUGUCAAUUUGAAGAUCGUUCCUGCGUCGCCAAGCUGAUUCUGGUGCAGACUGUCCACCAUCUUUCAUGCUCUUGUAGGACAGCUUUGCAGCAAAGAGCGUUGAAUCAACAAAAGAAGAAGCCUGAC